UCGCAACAGGAAAACCUAUGAUGAUGUUUUACUUUUACUCCCUCUACUGGUCUUGUUACAGCGGAAACUGUGGCUACACCAGUACAGUAGUCCCAGAACUAUAAUUGACAGUAGCGAUAACUCACCACUAUACAACAUCAAUGGUGUGAACUGAAACAGUUGAGACGAGGAAUCUCUACAACGACAGACCGUUUGAGAUGUGGGCAGCAAGCUGCUGCUGGGUUUACAACAACGUUAUUUAGGAUAUGGCAUGAGUUGGAGACUGAACACUCUUGUGGAUUUGGGAAUAAGAUCCGAUACUCACCAACCAAACAGAUCUCCCAGAGACCGCCAUUCUUCCUGUCAUGAGAGUUCCUGAGAACUGCCCACGGGCUUAUAGGCUGCCGUCCUUUGACCCUGAUGGUGACAGAGUCCGAUGCAGGUAUGGAACUAUCAGCAAUGUAGAAUGUGCCAGUUGCAUCCAACCCUCAGGCUUCCACCUUGAUCAGGACACUUGCACAUUGCACUACUACUAUACCAAUGCAAAUCCUGCAGUUAAUACAUUUGAGUUGGUGGUAGAAGACUACUCGCGAGGACACAUCAACCUGUUCUACGCAGACGGAUCACAGUCCCACAAGCAUCCACUGCUUGCAAGGAGAAGGAGGCAGUUGCAGCCAACCUCAGCAGGACCAUUAACACAAACAGCAACUGCAGCCACAACUACAACCAUGACAACUGCACCCACAUUAACUACACGCACAACAACUACAACCAUGACAACUGCACCCACAUUAACUACACGCACAACAACUACAACCAUGACAACUGCACCCACAACUGCACCCACAACAGGUGCAAGCACAACAACUGCACCCACAACUACGACCACAACAGCUGCACGCACAACAAUUGUACCCACGACAACUGCACCCACAACAGGUGCAAGCACAACAACUGCACCCACAACUACGACCACAACAGCUGCACGCACAACAAUUGUACCCACGACAACUGCACCCACAACAGGUGCAAGCACAACAACUGCACCCACAACAGCUGCAAGCACAACAACUGCACCCACAACUACAACCACAACAACUGCACCCACAACAGCUGCACGCACAACAAUUGUACCCACAACAACAACAUCCACGACAACUGCACCCACAACAACUACAACCACAACAACUGCACCCACAACAAUUGUACCCACAACAACAACAUCCACGACAACUGCACCCACAACAACUACAACCACAACAACUGCACCCACAACAGCUGCACGCACAACAAUUGUACCCACAACAACUACAACCACAACAACUGCACCCACAACUGCACCCACAACAACUGCAAGCACAACAAUUGUACCCACAACAACUACAACCACAACAACUGCACCCACAACUGCACCCACAACAACUACAACCACAACAACUGCACGCACAACAAUUGUACCCACAACAACUACAACCACGACAACCACAACCACCAGUUCUUAUCAAACCACAAGUCCACCAUACGUCAACACUCCUCCUCUCAGCCGACUGCCGCUGCAGUUCUCUGUGCUUGUGGACCCAGCUGUUCCCUCAUGUCAGGAGGGAAUGUACUUGCCCAUAUUUGUGUCCCCAACACCUGAAAAUGGAGCACACCUCACAGCAGUGGUCAACAAAGAGCUGGAGAUCAGAAUCAAAGCACAGGCGACACAUUCAGAUAUACAAGAUCUCCUCAUCAGCGGCCCGACAAACGUCACCAAGCACAAGACUACAAACAAUGACUUUCUCAUCAAGUGGACACCAGUCCCAGAUGACCUGGGAGAAUAUUUCCCAAUCUGCUUUGCUGUGGAAUCUGCUACAGGGUCGGCUCUACUCUAUUAUCAAAGCUCUCAUCCAUCCAGCUCACAUUCCCAUUCUAACUUUACCCCAAGUUCACAGUCUGGCAUCUAUCAGUCGGAGAUGAGAUGUGUUUUUGUGAACGUCAGGAAGGAGCAAAUUCAAGCCAAAGUGACCUGCAGUGAAACCACAAUGACAGUGGAGAUUGACAAAUCGUCCUUCUAUGGACUCCAACCGGAUCACGUUCGUCUCAGUGACCCCACCAACACCGCCUGCAGCCUGGAGAGGUACUCCAACAGCACUCACAUCGUUGGUGUCAUCCCCCUCAACGCUUGUGGUACUCAGAUCGAGGAAGAUGAUGACAACCUCUACUUCAAGAAUGAAGUCACCACAGUGGAGGACGUCACUGGGUUGAUAACCAGGAAGCACCUGGUGGAGGCUCGCUUCUACUGCCAGUACCCCAAAAGCAACGUGACCCUGGGCUUCACAGCACACAGAAAGAACGUCACGGUGUGGGAGAGAGGCUUCGGUACGUUCACCUACCAGUUUGAGUUCUACCCAGACAUCCAGUUCAGAACUAUGAUCGAUCCAAACUCGUACCCUCUGGAGUACGACAUCGGGAGCAGGAUUUACAUGCAGAUAGACGCCUCCUCCUCCAUCAACAACACCGUGAUGUUUGUGGACUCCUGCAGAGCUGCACCGUACGACAACCCCAACUACCAGCCAACCUACUCCAUCAUCGAGAACGGCUGCACAGUGGACCCGACUGCUCAGAUCUAUCCCACCUACAAUGAGAAGCAGUUCAAGUUCAGCAUGGAGGCCUUCAAGUUCAUUGGCUUGCAUGACCAGGUGUACAUCAGCUGCUCAGUCAUGAUGUGUGAAGCAGGGAACCCCAACACCAGGUGCUCACAGGGAUGUGUGAACUCCACAUCGUUGGGCAGUCACAUGCACUACCAUCGUAAGAGAGAGGCUGUCAUCCAGAGCGGCGAGCACUUCGUUUCCCAGGGUCCCCUGCGUCUGAAGCGGGCAGCAGACUCCAGGAUCGGAGGCUCAGACAUCAGCCUGAACCUGAACCUGGUUUUCAUCGCUGGAUGUCUUCUUGCUGCUGUUGGCAUGGUCUGUGGUGUGGUCCUGUACAAAACCAAGACGUCAAGGGUCAAGUACCAGCCUCUGCCCUCAUGUGAAAGCUAAAACUGCAGCGUGUACCAGCUCAAUACUUUUACCUGCUUUUAUUAUUCUAAUGUCAGAUUUUGGGUUUUGGUUCAUUUUCUCGUCUACAUUUAAGCUGAUUAAUGAUAUUUUAACAUCUUGAAGUGUGAAUCCAGCUGUUUUCAUUUAAGCUAAAAGAAGAAAUUAGUGUUUGUGCAUCUGGAAAACCAAAGAUUUCUUCCACUCUGAUUCUGCUGUUAAACACAACAAAGUGAUUGAAAAAUAUCCUGAUUUUAGCUCUUUUUUGUAAAACUCUGUGUUCAGAAGGAUUUAAAAAUACUGUUGUCCUGUUUGUUUUAUGUUUUCCAAUAAAGUGACCACCUAUAAA